AUGAAUAACGAGAAGGAACAACUCGAGUUUAAGAUGAAACAACAGGGUGAAAUCAUCGCAAAUCGAGAUAAGCAGAUAGAGGACCUACGAUCGGAUCUGACCGGAUUGGAAGAUAAGUUGAAGAAGGAGCGUGAUCUAUUGAGAAGCUCGGAAAAGGAUCGGCUGGCGGAGAAAACGAAGCUGAUUGAGUGUGUGGCGAAAAUCCAGUUUUUGGAAGAAAAAUUGAAGGACAGUCAGCAGAAUGAUCGCGUACGAGUGCUAUCGUCAGAGAAUGGGCGACUGGAGCGAGAAUUGCACGAAGCUUCUGAUAAGUUGGCGAAAGCGAAAGAAGCAAGCGAUGAUCGUGAACAACAAUUGGAUAACGAAGUAUUAAAGUCAAACGUUGGAGGACGGGAAGUAAUAGUUACACCAAGGAGCUUGGAGAAUGCUGAAGAUGAUGAGGAUGAGGAGGAAAAAGACGAAGAUGAUGAGGGCUAUGAUAGUGAUAAGGAGUCGAACGAAUAUGGCUCCGAGGAGGAUAUUGUUUCGGAAAUUGCGAGUAGUCACAAGAACACGAGUGAAAUGGAUGCACCGGCAGAACAAAAGGAGCCGUGGCCGCCACCGUAA